AUGUCUUAUGACUUGAUUAUUAUUGGAGCCGGACCAGCUGGAUUAACUGCUGGAAUUUAUGCUAAAAGAGCCCUCUUGAAAUGCCUAAUUUUGGAAAAAUCUUUGUCAGGCGGGAAAUUAAAUAAAACAGCUGAUGUUGAUAAUUAUCCGGGCUUUACCUCGAUUAAAGGACCUGAAUUGGCUGAGGAAAUGACCAAACAUGCCAAUCAUUAUAAAAUUGAUUGGAAAAAAGAGGAAGAAGUGGUAAAAUUAGAGCAAAAAGAAAACAAAUUUAUUGUAAAGACAAACAAAAGCAGUACUUUUAUCAGCAAAACAAUCAUUAUUGCCUCAGGGGCAAUUGAAAAUGAAUUAAAGAUUAAAG